AUGGCUCCUUUCCCGGACGAGGUGGAUGUGUUCACCGGGCCGCACUGGAGGAUGAAGCAGCUGGUCGGGCGGUACUGUGACAAGCUUUCCAAGACCAACUUUUCCAACAACAAUGACUUCCGAGCUCUUCUGCAGUCCCUUUAUGAGACAUUUAAAGAGUUCAAGAUGCAUGAGCAGAUUGAGAAUGAGUGCAUCAUUGGCCUGCUGCAGCAACGUAGCCGGACUGUGUACAAUGUACACUCUGACAACAAGCUUUCUGAAAUGCUCAUUCUUUUUGAGAGGGGUCUGAAAAACAUUAAGGAUGAAUAUGAACAGCUGAACUAUGCCCAACAACUGAAGGAGAGGCUAGAGGCUUUUACCAGUGACUUUAUUCCUCAUAUGAAAGAAGAAGAGGAGGUAUUUCAGCCAAUGUUGAUGGAAUAUUUUACCUAUGAUGAGCUAAAGGACAUUAAAAAGAUGGUGAUUGCCCAGCACUGCUCU